GUGCGCCUCACAAUAAGUCCAGCUUUCACACUGACAGCCGGGACAGCUCUGGAGAAGGGUGGUGCUACAACAGGCAUUGUACAAUAGAGACUGCACCAAUAGAUAUAGACGGCUUUCUACAUGGUCCGCUGUUCGAGGAGGGCUCUCAUUUACCCAGGCUUCAGCACACACACCUGAUGCAAAUGAGUUUUUCAUAAGGGACACAGGUAAUUGGACAUCUUAUUCAGUACAUUGGCUUUGUGAAUUUAGUUUUAUCUUGCCAUGGUUAUGGAUUCUUUUGGAUGGAGUUAGUUAUUUGCAGGAGGAAUACUAAAACAAAAUUGCUUUACGGAGAAAAACAUCUGAGGGAAAACAAAGGUAAAAAAUAAGUGUUCACAAUUGCAGGAUCAUGAAUUUUUUUAGGCUCUUUGAUCAAACUUUUAUCAUAUUUUUGAUUUAAGACCAUCAUAGUGCAGUGCCUUCACUUUUGCAUUACAUGAUAAAUACUAUGUAUCUAGCUGAUUGCAUGCUUGUUAGAUCAUAGGACUGAAAUGUGUCACAAUGCUCCUGAAAAGCUGGAAUUGAAAUUAUUUACAAAGAGAAAUGUAUUUUUUUUCUUAGAGAUGUGACCAAUUAAAUCUGGAUAUGAACCAUGAGAAUGUAAGAAAUAGUGCUCUUUGCAUCCUUAUAUCAAAUUAGGUUCUGAAAGAUGCCAUAUAUGCAUUUAUUCUAUAUGUGUGUGCACCCACUGUCGUGUGAUUGUGCACCGUAAAUAUAUCAACCUCUCUAACAUUAACUUUGCUUACAGAGGUAAAACCACAGUUUCUAUGGGAUGUGUCUGCCUCAGCAAGAUGAGCUCACACUCCAUUGAGUUUGAAAAGGGGGUAUUUGGCUCUACAUUAUGGAUGCGGGACCCCCACGUAGUUCAUCGCAUUGGAUGCUUUCAGACUGUUAACUGACAGUUUAUCGUGCUUAUAUCAAAACAAUUUUCUUACUUAUACUUUUGGAAAAGACAGAUGUAAACGUGUGUGUGUGUGAUUAAGUGCUGAAUUGCUAUUGUGAUUUAGUUGUGAUGCUGUUUGGUUCUCAUCUGUGUGCAGACAUCAGUGAGAGACUGGAGUAGAACCGGACAGUGACUGUGCUGCAGGCUCAGGAGUACCAUGCUGCCCCGCUGUGCAUUCAGUGUGUGCCAUGUGCUUGUGUUGGUGCUGUGUCUGUCUUCGGCUGAGGACUUCGACUGGACAAAGAACGACCACGGCUCCUUCUAUUAUGGCACUUUUCCAGCUGGAUUUUCGUGGGGUGCCGGCAGUUCAGCCUAUCAGACCGAAGGAGCCUGGGACAAAGAUGGAAAAGGACUAAGCAUCUGGGACGUGUUCAGUCAUAAGAAAGGAAAAAUCCAACAAAACGACACUGGGGAUUCCUCUUGUGAGGGCUACCACAAAGUCAAGGAUGAUGUUUCUUUGAUGAAGGAACUGAAGCUUAAUCACUAUCGCUUCUCCAUAUCCUGGCCAAGAAUCAUCCCCACCGGCAUAAAGUCCGAUCACAUAAAUGAAAAAGGAAUACAAUACUAUGACGAGCUCAUCAACCUCCUACUGGAGAGCAAGAUCACUCCUAUUGUUACCCUGUAUCACUGGGACCUUCCACAGGUCUUACAAGAGAAAUAUGGUGGAUGGCAGAAUAUAACCAUGGUCAAUCAUUUCAAUGAAUUUGCCAACCUGUGCUUCGAGAGAUUUGGCAACCGAGUCAAGAACUGGAUCACUUUCAACAAUCCAUGGUCUGUGGCAGUUGAAGGAUAUGAGACAGGUGAGCAUGCUCCUGGACUGCGGCUGAGAGGCACAGGGGCCUACAGAGCUGCCCAUCACAUAAUUAAGGCCCACGCUAAAGUUUGGCACAGUUAUGACACACAGUGGAGGGCAAAACAAAAAGGUCUUGUUGGCAUUUCUCUGUCUGGAGACUGGGGAGAGCCGGUGGAUAUCAGCAACCAGAAAGACAUCGAAGCAGCUGAGAGAUACGUCCAGUUCUACCUGGGCUGGUUUGCUACACCCAUCUUUCAUGGAGACUACCCUCAAGUGAUGAAAGACUUCAUUGGGAGGAAGAGUGUCCAACAGGGCCUCGGGACGUCUCGCCUGCCAACAUUUUCCCCCCAAGAGAAAAGCUACAUCAAGGGGACCUGCGAUUUCCUCGGCAUCGGCCAUUUCACCACCCGCUACAUCACCCAAAAGAGCAACCCUUCUGGUCGCAGCAGCGGCAGCUACUUCACUGACCGUGACCUGGCUGAGCUGGUAGACCCGCGAUGGCCUGAUCCUGGGUCUGAGUGGCUCUACUCUGUGCCAUGGGGUUUCAGACGUCUACUUAAUUUCGUCAAGACUCAGUAUGGGAACCCCAUAGUUUAUGUGACCGAGAAUGGAGUCUCCGAGAAGAUGUUGUGCACAGAGCUUUGUGAUGACUGGAGGAUACAGUAUUAUAAAGACUACAUCAAUGAGAUGCUCAAAGCUAUCAAAGAUGGAGCCAAUGUGAAGGGCUACACUGCGUGGUCCCUGCUGGACAAAUUUGAGUGGGAUGAAGGCUACUCUGAGAGGUUCGGCUUGUACUAUGUGGACUUCAGGAACAAAAACAAGCCUCGCUAUCCCAAAGCCUCUGUUCAGUUUUACAAACGCAUCAUCAGCUCCAAUGGAUUUCCCAAUCAGAGAGAGGUUGAGAACUGGAGGAGGAAGGCUGUUGAGACCUGCUCUUCUAGUAACCAGCUACUUGCUGCAGAGGAACAGCGGAGUACUGCUGCCAAUAUUCUAAGACUUAUACAUGACCCUCUGACCAGCCACAUGGAGAUGGUAACUGAGAUCGUUGUUCCCACUGUGUGCACGCUCUCUAUUUUGCUCAGUGCCAUCUUCCUCAUGUUCCUGCUGCGGAGGCGGAACUAAAAAGGAGCUCUCGCUGUGUGCACGUUGACAUUCACAAGCACCAAAACACAAUCACGUACAAUUAUACUGUAGGUGCCACUUUUCUUUAUUGGAUCACGUGUGAACAUAAAUACAUUAUUCGAACUGAAUUUCAAGAAAAUUACUGACUUCAUCAAUUUGAUGUGCAUACAGUUGCUGUUUAGCCUACAAUGAUGAACUUAGUACAAGACACUCAAACAGUGUGGAUAGUCCUGCAACAUUUUUGGAUUUUACAAUAUUGCUGUGGAAUAUUACCAUUGCAAACAACCCCUGUGGUCCACUGUACGUUGUGUUUUCAUUUGGUUACAACUGGGAGCUGUUUGGCAAAAUUUCUUUUGACCCCUAUAUUAAACAGAGGUAAAGGAAGCAAUUGUGCAUCACAGAAAAUACUUACAAAGGACUGAAAGUUGUUCUUUUAAAACGUCAGACAAAAAUACAGUAUAUUAAUAGCUGAUCCUACGGUUGUCUGCUGUCUGGCUAGUUUUUCCUCUAUUUAAAAAACAUGUUAACUGCUGAUGAAAGCAUCAAAAAUGACAAUAAACACAUCCUUUGUUGUUCA